UCGUGCGGCGAUGAUACCGUCUGAAUUUCUUUCCUAAACUCAGAAUUUACAUUGAAUGAGAGAGUUGGAGUGUUUUCACUAGAGUGCCGAUGUAGGAAUUAAGUAUCUUGAUAUCAAUCCUCCUGCUGCCGAAAACCUUAGCACUUUCUAAUCGGUCUGAGAGUAUUAAAUGUUUAUGUUAUGGGCAACGUCUAGGACAAGGGCAUAGACGGCCAUUGCCCGGGCAUCGUCGACGAUGCCCGACCGGCUUGGGCAUCGUCUAACUUGUAACUCCGUUGACAAGAAUGCCCGGGCAGUGAGCGUCCUACGCCGGGCACUGGCAACGCUGUCCACGGACGAUCGGACAACGGGUUCCCGUGCUCGAGUUUUCGUGAAUUUCUUAUCAGAUGAUUGGAUUUCAGACCUUCCAUGUGUUCAAUUUAGUAAAAAUAGAGUUUUUCAUACCGGUAUAAAAAUGUCACCAUACGAAGCACUACUGGGUUACCCUGCAAGAGUAGGAUUAAAAUCAACCUCUUUACCCAAUGAGUUGCUGGACCAGAUCAAAUCGGAGGAUGAUUUACAGCGAUUACUGAUGGACGAAGCCACUGAACAUGAAGAUGAAACAUGCCAAAAUGAGGUUCCUGAAGGCAGUCUACCCACAAGUGACAAUGGAACAGUCGAGGUUCCUGAAAGCAGCCUACCCACAAGUGACAAUGGAACAGCCGAGGUUCCUGAAAGCAGCCUACCCACAAGUGAUAAUGGAACAGCCGAGGUUCCUGAAAGCAGCUUAUCUGGUGUUCCUGAACCAUCAGUUUCUUCAGAAAAUCGUUUUUAAUCCGCGAAAAACUUUUAUUUUUUGUUUUUCCGGGCUUUUCCCGUAAAAACUGUCUCAGCUCCCUCAAUUUCAUGAUUUUUUCCGACGAUGCCCGAUCGCCCCUGGUCAAAGUGGACGAUGCCCGGGCGUUGUCGAUUUUGCUUCGCGAUCCCGUACAUUGCCCGCGCCCUAGACGUUGCCCAUAACAUAUACAUGGAGCUUCAAAGCGGAUUCCAAAACAACUUUUUAUGCUGUCUCUACCAAUACCAGCGUCAGUAAAAACAAAAACCUGCGUUAAAUGUGAUUAAACCCACGAGUACUAAGUUCUAGUCCUCUGGGUGCUUUCAAAUAGUAGUUCAUUUUCCUUGUUACUUGCAUUUUUUCCCCUUGAAAGUUAUUAUUUUUUUUAAUUUUACUUCUUUUUUCAAAAUUUUACGCCCGACCUGUUCCUGAUUUCAUUUUUCCUAAUAUCCGAAUUAUUUAUUUAUUUUUUUUUACUUAGAAUGCCUGAAAUGUCAUUACCGUAACCUAUUACUUUCCGG